UCAGAACCGUUAACAAGUGUCUUGUGUUUUGCUCGUUUUUCCACUAAAAACUUCGCAACACAAAGAAAGUGUUUCAAGAAAUAAUUCUUCAAAUCAGAAGAAAUAUAUUUGUUUGAAAAUGGAAGUUUUUCCGUCUCAAUGUGCUGCACAAAGUGUUGGCGCUGUAAAUCAAUUGUUUGGUUUACUCAUACAAAGCAUUUUGGCUGCACAAUGUUCGAUUUCACCACCAGAAUUUUGGCCUGAAGAUUAUGGAGCGAAAUUAUCGGUGUCAGAAAACAAUGAAUUUGAAGUCGACUUCAUCAUUAUUGGUUCUGGGUCGGCAGGUUCGGUUCUUGCAAAUCGAUUAAGUGAAAAUCCAAAUUGGAAGGUUUUAUUAUUAGAAGCAGGUGGUGAUCCGCCAAGUGAAACAGAGGUGCCCGUGCUUUUUGAAUCAUUGCGUAAAACACAAAGUGACUGGGAAUUUUAUGCAAAAUCGGAUUCGGCGUGUUUAGCAAGUAAAGAUGGUUGUUUUUGGCCACGAGGAAAGUGUUUAGGUGGUUCAUCAUCAAUAAAUGCGAUGUUUUAUGUGCGUGGCACACCAAGAGAUUACAAUCGCUGGGCUGAAUUGGGUAAUCCAGAGUGGAACUGGGAGAAUGCAUUGAAAUAUAUGAAAAAAUCGGAAGGAAAUGAAAAUGCGGACUUUGUUAACUAUAAAAAUGGAAAAUAUCACAGCGAUAAAGGACCAUUGAAAGUAAAUCAUUACAGCGAUUUACAUCCACUUUCACGAAUUUUCAUUGAAGCCGCCGAAGAGGUUGGAAUUAAACACUUAGACGACAUAAAUGCCGACGAACUUUUGGGUUAUGUAAGUGCACAAGCAACCGUUUCAAAUGGACGACGUCAAAGUACGGCAAAAGCCUUUUUAGUUCCCGCAAAAAAUCGCACCAAUUUAUAUAUUGUAAAACAUGCACAUGUACAAAAAAUACUGAUUGACGAUCAAAAUGUUGCGACCGGCGUUGAAUUUUUGUACAAAAAUGAAAAAAUGUUGAAAGUCACCAGUCGAAUGGAAGUGAUUUUAUCGGCCGGAGCUGUGUCAAGUCCGCAGAUAUUAAUGAUGUCUGGCAUUGGACCAAAAGAACAUCUCGAGCAACACAAUAUCGAUGUUAAACACGAUUCGGCCGUGGGAAAAAAUCUAUUGGAUCAUGUUUAUACAGCAAUGUUUUUCCAAUUUCAUCGUUCCUCACCGACCAAAGAAUCAAUGACCGAUACAUUGGAUGCCAUUUACAAUUUGGCCAUUCAUAAUAAAGGACCGCUUACGGGCUUCGGUCCAUCGCAACUUAUUGCGAUGCUUAACACCGAAAAUGGAACUGGCCAACCUGAUACUGAAUUACAUUUCAUUAUGUUUGAACAAAAUUCGUGGAAAUUCAAAGCACAUCUUCAGCUAAAAAAAUUUGAUGAAAAAAUCGAAAAAGCUUUGUUGGCCGCAAAUGAAAAAGCUGAUAUUGUGACGAUAUGGCCAACACUAUUAAAACCAAAAUCUUCCGGUUUCAUUGAACUUGAAUCGACGUCACCAAGUGAUAAACCACGAAUUGUACCGAACUAUUUCAGCCAUAACGAUGAUAUGACCACCAUGUUACGGGCUGUGAAGCAACAGAUUUCCUUGGAGAACACACAAUCAUAUCGCAAACAUGAAGGCGAAUUUUUAAAGUUACCGCUUACCGAAUGUGAUGAAUUCGAAUUUAAAUCGGACGAUUAUCUAAAAUGUUACAUAAAAUACUUUAGCUCCACACUUUUUCAUCCGGCUGGCACAAGCAAAAUGGGACCGGACAGUGAUGCGGAUGCCGUAGUUGACUCGCGGUUAAAUGUUCGCGGCGUGAAACGAUUGAGACAAAUUGAUGCUGGAAUUAUGCCAGAGCUGGUGAGCGCAAAUACAAAUGCGGCUGUCAUCAUGAUUGGCGAACGUGGAGCCGAUUUUAUCAAAGAAGACUAUGACAAAAAGCAAAAGACCGAAUUGUAAAUUACACAAUGUAUUCAGUGUCACAGAAAUAAUCAAAGGACCUAUUUUCACAUUUACAAGGACAUCACAAACAGACUGGUCAUGAUAAUGAUCAAUGGAUUUCAUCAGAAUAUGAGAUGAAUCGAAUGUGUUGUUUAAAAUUAACACUUAAUGAAUCAUUCGAAUUAUCUGAUAAUUUGUUUUGGGCAACGUUAUAUUACGCAAUGCCCUGCAGACAAAUUAUAGAAAAUGCACUCAGCUUUUUUAAAAUCGAAAAAUAAAUAAUGAUGAAAUUUCUA